ACAUGUUAUUAUGACAUUCAAGGUCUUAUACUUCGACGAGGUCAACCAUUUUCAUUUAAAAUAAUAUUUAAUCAAGAUUUUCAUAUGGAUAAAUAUCAUUUAUCAGUUAUUUUCAAAUCUCAAACAUGGAUCAAUAUUCCAAAUAUCAAAAUUCCAUUGAAUACUUCAUCAAAUGGAUGGUCAGCAAAACGACUCUUCAUAGAAAAUCAGAAGGAUAAUUGUAUUUGUUUACAAAUCAAUUCUCCUUCUAAUACUAUUAUUGGAAAAUAUUCUCUUUUAUUAGAAAUUUGUUCAAUUACAAAAGAUUUAAUAAAUCAACAAGAUCUUUCAAUAUUUCAUUUUGAUACUGAUAUUUAUUUUCUAUUUAAUCCAUGGAAUAAAAAUGAUUCAUGUGCAUUAUUAUCAUCUGAUGAAAUUGCAGAAUAUGUUAUGAAUGAACAUGGACAAAUUUAUCUUGGUUCAUCUGACAUUCCUCGAUCUAUUCCAUGGUAUUUUGGACAAUUUGAAAGAGUUGUAUUACUUACAGCUCUUACUCUUCUUAAUAAAACACAUUUAUCAACACAAAAUCAUAUUGAUACAUGUUUAAUUCUUCGAAUUCUUUCAUCAAAAAUAUGUUCAGAUCUUGAAAAACAUAAUGGUAUAUUUCCAUCAUUAUUGAAUAAUCAUCUAAUUUCAUAUCAAAAUAAUGGAUAUACAAGUAGUCCAGCUAUUUUACAACAAUGUUUACGAUUAAAUAAUCAAAUAUUUCAAGGUGAUAGUGGUUGUAAUUGGCAACAUGCUGUUGUCUUUUGUAGUUUAUGUCGAUCAUUAGGUAUUCCAUGUCGUAUUGUUACUGUUUAUAAUGCAAUUAGUCAAAAUCAAGAAAAAGAAAAUAUUGAUGUCAAUUGGAAUACAAGACAACGACCAACUAUUGUAGUUAACUCAAAACUAACACGUCCUUGGCAUGUAUGGAAUGAAUGUUGGAUUCGUCGAGAUGAUUUACCAGAAUCUAAUUCUGGAUGGCAAGUUAUAGAUUCAUCUUUUAUUGAAUAUAAUACAAAUAUUCGACAUACUGGUCCAUGUUCAGUAGUAGCCUUGAAAUCUGCUACAUUAAAUUUAAAAUGGGAUACUAUCAAUAUUUAUCAUGUAUUGAAUGGAAGUAAAACUUAUUGGCUUGUUUAUCCAAAUGGAAAUAAAAAACUAAUUAGUAAGAAUUUCUUUUCAGUUGAAUAUUACAGUUGA